GGCGAGUACAAGCUCCUUCGGAAGAUCGGCGUCGGCGCGUUCGGCGAGGUCGCGGCGUAUCGCAACGUGAACAGCGGUCGAUCGCUCGCGGUGAAGAUGCUCAACAAAGCGGCCGCUGUGGACGAGAAGGCGAUCGAGGACCUCGAGAGCGAGGUCUUGCUCCUCUCGAUGCUCUCGCAUCCGCACCUCGUCUCUCUCGAGGGCGUCGGGUACCUCCCCGUCAGCGGCAAGCUGUUCGUCGCGACCGAGUUCCUGGGCGCCGGGAACUUGCAGAAGCUCGUGCAGGAGGCGUCCGUGACCCCGGGGCGGUUCAACGACGCGGACAUCACGAAGUGGAUGUUGCAGAGCGCCGAGGCGCUCGCGUAUUUGCACUCGAGGGAUCCGCCGAUCGUGCACCGCGACCUCAAACUCGCGAACAUCGUGCUGGACGGCAACUACGACGCGAAGAUCAUCGACUUCGGGUUAGCGCGGAUGAUGGGCGUGGAGAAGGUCACGACGACGGUGCGGGAGAGCUUCGGGCCGGGUUUCAAGUACAUGGCGCCCGAGGUGUACAAGGGAGAGCCGAUGAACGAACGACUGGACGUGUACUCGCUCGCGAUGAUCGCGUACGAGCUCCUCACG